AUGAGAGUUUUGUUCGAUGUGGUGUCCACGGAUGCUCGUCUUCCCGUGGUUCGCACUGCUUCUCCCAAGUCGUCCACAACACCGCUUGACAUCGCUCCUCUUUGGCCCGCCCCUCUGCCAAACUCGGGCUUAUGCGGCGACGCAGAGUGGAUAGUCCUUGAUGCGAAUGACCAUUCGGCUGAUCCUCACUUCAGUUCCUCUAGUGCAUUCGGCAACCGAGAAGAUCUCCUUACUGCCCACCGGGACGGGCGAAUCUGUCGGUGGUCCGGGAGGGACUCUACGUUGAGCACUGCUGAGACUCUCUUGACCGUAUCCGACACAACGGUUACAUGUUUCGCGGCCGUUCCGGGGAGACGAGAUAUCUCAGAGUCUUUUGACCACCCACCUGAGGAACCGUGUAUAGUAGUAGGAACGGAGGAUGGAAGUUUGAAAUGUUUCCGUCAGCCUGUCGGCAGCCAAGAAUGGGUUGACGAAGCCACCGUUCCAGAAGCGCAUGCGUUGGCUGUGACCUCCGUCACCUGGUCUCCUGACGGCUCUCACUUCGUCUCAGCUGGGGACGACGGCGAAGCGAAACUCUGGUCUCGCCGGUGCCAAGCAAGGGCAGUGGUAGAGAAAUGUGAUGCUCCCGUAGCUGCCGUAAGCUGGUCGACCAGUGCCGAUGCGUUAGUCGUCGGCUUUGGAGAGAAGUUGCGCGUUGCAACGCUGCGCGACUUGGUGACGGAUGCCAACGAGAAACAUUUGGGGCGAAGCAGUGUGGAGUGGCGUGCGCACAAAGGUGCUGUUCUAACAGUCGACUGGUCAAGGACUAUGAUCCUUUCUGGCGGCGAAGACGGUCACUAUAAGAUCUGGAACCCUGAUGGCGCCUUGCUGUUCACUGGAUCUUCUCCGCGAGUUUCUUUGGGCGAUGCUCAUCCUUUUGAUCCUGCCGUCACUGGCAACCCUCUGUCCGCCGUCACUGCAGUCCGAUGGAGCCCGUCGGGCGACACUUUCGCCGUAGGCUCUAACGACUGGAUCGCCGUGUGCGACAGAUCCGGCCGAAUCCUCUCACAAACAUUCAGAGAAUUUGGUCUGCCGCACACGCUGGCGUGGACGCGAGACGGAGCCCAUCUCGCCGUGGCUAGUACGCCCUCGUUGCUGGCGCUUGGCCGAAUCAUUCCGGACCCGAAGCGCUGGCGCACCCUCGAAGUUUCAGUGGAUUCCGACACACGCCUCUUGCUUAAGGACCUGAAAUCGCAGGCUUCACGGAGACUCGAACAACGAGAUUCCAUAGCUCACUGGUCGAUUGCUUGCGACGCCCUGUUGGUGGUGACCACUCGACAAUGCUUCGUCUACAAGUUGUCAUCCGCCUUAGCGUGCCUGGAAAACUGCCAAGCUGCGUACGUCGACGACCUCCAGCAGCCCUGUUUCUUUGCAAAGCAGGGAGUCCGACACGCGUGUCUGGUUCAGCCUUCUCAGAUCCAAGUGGACGCCCAGGAUCGGUCCCGGGUUCGCGCGUUUGAUAUUCUGACAGGCUCGACAGUACCUGGCCCAUCAGGGCACUACAUUGGCAUCAAAGAGUGUGGCUACAUUCGUUUGGUCCUGUAUGCCUGCGAAUAUAUGUGUGUGAAGAUCAGUCUUAGCCAGCAAGAGAACACCCAGUGGCGCAAGCUGGUGAUCCUCGACGACGCCGGCAGUCUGUUUCUUUCUCCCCUUCACAGCCCUUGCUGGACAAGACUCCACACUUCGCCUGUGCAGUCCUUCGCUUGGGACGAGACAAACGCGCUAGUCGCUAUCUCCAACAGCACAGUGGUAUGCUGGUUCGUCCCCGCCGCCUCCAUGCCUUUGGACCUCCUUGAGGAGUUCCAGAUCACCAAGGAAGCAGGCGACAAGAACCUCGAGAGUCAAAUCGUGGCCUUCCACGACGGUUACCUGACAAUGAGGAGACCGGACGGCGCCCUACUUCAGAUUGCUGUUUCACCGUUCGCGAACGCAGUAUUUGACCAGAUUGCCAAGCUGAGGUGGUCCGUUUGUACUUGGCGUGCUCGUGUUGGGAUCCGGAAAUGUUUGCCGCGCAAUCUGAAUAUCUGCGUCUACGGAGUUUCCAGACUGCUGAGUUCCGUCUCCAGGUUUCGGUGUGAGUGCGUCCAAAAAGUAUUGCUCCGUCAAUCCACAGAGAUGUUUUCGGACAAGAGACACACACCAUCUCUUUACGCACGGUCCCUGAUUCUUGUCCGUUUUCUGGGGAAAACGCGUCUCCCGAUCCCACGUGCGAAUUGCACACGUGCAACUGUCUCUCUGCAGGAGGCACUGGAUCUGGCCACGGCGUACAAGACACAUGUCGACACGGUUGUUGCCCACAGAAAAAAGUUUCUAGAUGGCUUCGGCCUGUCUGAGACAGAUUCGAAGUUUAAGGCAGCUCUGCAAGCCACUGAAAUCGACUGGUCAGCCAUCCAGGCGAAGAUUCGCAUGGACACGGAGAGAGAAGAGAAAGCGACAAAUGCUGCAGCGCGUCCUCAUACGCAGAGUUAG